AUGGGUUGCAAACCAAGUAAAGUUUCUCUAUCCAAACCGGAUUGUUAUUGUCGGUCUCCGCCGUACAAUCGUGCCAAUGGUUCAAUUGAUCUAUCGCCCGCAGAUGUUCAAGCAUUUUCUCCGCGUGUUUGUCAACAACGACAAUCAGCUAUCGAUAAUAUGCGUUAUCGUGAGGCUAUCAAUCGAUGGCGUCCGUCUUCUCUCCGUGAAUUAGCUAGUUAUGUUGAGAAGCUUGCUCCGCCCAACAAUCAAAUUGAAUGUGCGUGGAUUAUUUUCUAUUGGAUUAGUCAAAAUAUCUCUUACGAUACAACUGCUUAUUUUCAAAAUCGAAUUGCAUCACAAACUGCCGAAAAGAUCUUUCAAAAUAAACGAGCAGUUUGUGAAGGCUACUCAGUAAUCUAUGCUGAUCUAUGUGAAAAGAUCGGCAUCAGAUGUCGAAAAAUCACUGGUUAUACAAAAGGUUUCGGAUUUGAUGCACGCCAAACAAGAUUUCGUGAAAGUGAUCAUGCAUGGAAUAUUAUUACACUUAACAAUGGGCAUUCAUAUCUGAUUGAAUCGACCUGGGGAUCUGGUCAUCUCAUCUAUGGAACAAAUCGAUUCACAGCAAAACUGGCACCUCAUUAUUUUAUGUGUCCUCCUGAGCAUUUAAUCUAUAGUCAUCUACCUGAGAGAGAUAGCGAUCAAUUAUUAGAAUAUCCACUUACAAUGAAUCAAUUUUUGGCAUUGCCUCAUGUGUAUUCAACAUUUUUUACAUCUAAUUUACAACUGAUCUCACCGGUUUUUUCGAACACAAUUGAUCUUAUUAGAAAACAAUCGUAUGGUGAAGUGAUUAUUCGGACAUCGAAUAGAAAUAUUGAAUUAAGCGGUGCUUUGAAGGAUGAGAAGCACGCUAAAGUUGCCGGUGGAGAGUUUCUAUUUGCAGAUAAAAAUGAUCCAACAUUAUGGAAAUGCCAAUUCGCUCCACCCAAACCUGGCAAAUACGACAUUGAAAUAUAUGCUAACACAACCCCUGAACAAUCUCAAGCAUAUUCGAUUGUUGUUAAAUUCGUUUUUGAUGUUGCCCGUCUUCGAUGCCCGACUAUUUCAUUUCCCUAUACUUGGCCAACAUUUUUUCAAUACAACUUAGAAAUUAUAAAACCAAAGAAUACACACUUCAUCGAUAGAUCGUCAUCGGCCGGUAAUGACUAUAGUGAAAUUCUAAUUCGUUCACCCAAGAAUGUUGAUAUAUCUGCAUCGAUGAAAAAUUCAUUGACUGAGACAACUGUGCACAGCGCUGUGUUAAUUAAUUAUAAUUAUAAAAUGAACCUAUGGCAAUGUCUUUUCGCUCCUCCGGCCAUCAAUACUCCAUUCGAUAUUAUAAUUUUCGCCAAAUAUGCAAACGAAGACAAAUUCAAUUGUGCAGCAAAACUGAAAUUAUUUCCAGUGACAAAACGUGAUCGAAAACAAUCGAUGAUGGUCCCAAAAGUGUAUCAUGCAUUUACAAAACAUAAAGCUCAAUUAAUCGAACCAUUGAAUGGGACUCUCCGCAAAGGUUCUACUGUACGAUUUCGCUGUCGUAUUCCAGGUGCUCAACAACUCAAUAUAACUGUUGAUAAUAGUUGGACUUCAGAAAAUGGUAUCACAUCCGAUGCGAAAGGUGUUUUCGAUACAACUAUUCGGGUUAGACAACAACAUGUUGGUAUAUGGGUGAAAAUGAAUGCAAGAACUAAUUCAUAUGAAGGACUUUUACAAUAUACUGUGAAAUAA